AUGAUUUCUUUACAAACCCCUCAUAACGACAGUCUUGAGUUGACCAACAAUAUCUCUAUCGGGAAUUUUUCCUCUACACCUCAACAAAUUCUCUCUUCCAUGUAUCAAACAGCCGCACCUCAGUAUCAGCCACUUGCCGUGUACGGAAAUACACAUAUAACUUACACUUCCAAUCAUCACUCUCGAAAUUCUUCGACUUCAUCGAUAUCAAGGCAUUCGCCCACAGACUCCUCUUCUUUCGCGCUAGAGACAAACGGCUAUACUCAAUUGAGUUAUCGUUUCGAUCCAUCCGUCAAUUCUGCCACCACGAGUGCGAUGAAUGCCCAGGACGUUUCGAAAUCGUCCCCUCUUCAACAGAAUCAUAGUUCUCCAAACUUGAUCCAGGCGGGAUCUUCACCUUCCCCUUCAGUUACCUUGUCCCCAGAUAACAACAGCUCGAACGUUUUACCACCGAUAUCAGAAGUGUUUUCUUCUUCGGCACAUAACGGACAAUCCACAUCUUCUUCAAGUUCACCAGUACCCAGUCAAGUCGUCCCUCAAUCUCAACAACCACAGAACGGUGGAGGCAUGAUGCCAUCAGCUGCCUCUGCCCAUUCCGUUGCCGCACAAGCUGCUGAAGGUGCUGCAAACUUUCCUACUUCAAUAGUUUCACAAAGCCAACAAUCUCAGUUGGCGCCUAAUAUCCCUGUGGUGGACCCCAGAAAUCUUCCAAGAAUUG